UUGCGAUUGACUGUCCUGCAUGAACAUCAUUAUUUUUCUGUUUGCGUUUCCGUGGUCUUGUUCCUCAACGAACAAUAUUGCACUGUCGUGUAUGACAACGCGUUACCGCCACAGAAGAAGUAAAAUUUACCGCACGUGCACGGAAUGUUGGUAUCAACCAAUUUCGAGGUGUACGGAAGGGUGCAAGGAGUAUUUUUUCGCAAGUGUACAAAGCAGAAAGCAGAUGAACUCGGCGUGAAAGGGUGGUGCCGCAAUACCAGCGAGGGAACUGUGGAAGGGGUUAUUCAGGGGCCCAAGGUCAAGAUAGACACCAUGAAAGACUGGCUGCGCAAUGAAGGAAGCCCAGCCUCCCAAAUUAAGGGUUGCCUGUUUCAAGACGAACGAGAAAUCUCUGCUCCGGAGUUUGGAAACUUCCAAGUUCGACGCUGAGUAAUCUGCUGCGUAAUAAAAGUGGUUGUGUUCAGAA